AUGGAGAAAGCCUUCAGUUCUUUUCUCUUAAUAGUACUCUUGCAGCUUCACUAUGUUAUGGCUAGUUCGGCCAUGACCCAAACCAACAUUACCACUGAUCAAUUGGCUCUUCUCUCUUUGAAAUCCCAAAUCGUUUUAGACCCCUCUCACUUCUUGGAUGAAAGUAGGAUUCCCCGUGAAUUUGGAAACCUCUCAUUUCUUGUUUCUCCUGACUUGGGAAGCAACAAUUUCCAUGGAAAUUUGCCUCAAGAAAUGGCACGCUUGCGUCAGCUUAAGUUUCUUGAUUUAAGUUUCAACAACUUCAGAGGGGUGAUUCCUUCUUGGUUUGGGUUUUUACACCAACUUCAAGUACUAAAUCUUGGAAAUAAUAGUUUCACUGGUUCCAUCCCUUCUUCAUUUUCUAAUAUGUCCACACUUGAGACUUUGAAUCUGAAUUUCAAUUCCAUUGAGGGACAAAUACCAAAAGUGAUUGGAAGUUUUAUAAACCUUAGAGAAUUAAGGUUGCGAGGUAACAAGCUCAUAGGUUCUAUUCCUCUAUCACUCUCAAAUGCCUCGAGGUUGGAGACUUUAGAUAUAUCUUUUAAUUCACUUCAAGGUAAUAUUCCAAAAGGGAUCGACAACCUUCACAGCAUGAAAUUGCUAUCCAUACAAGCUAAUCAACUUACGGGGUCUAUACCAUUCACAAUUUUCAAUAUCUCAAGAAUCGAAGUCAUUGCAUUUACAGGCAAUAGCUUAUCAGGAUAUCUUCCCAACGGUUUAUGCAAUGGUCUCCCAAUACUCAAAGGGCUUUAUUUAUCGGGAAACAAGUUUCAUGGUCAUAUUCCUGCAAGCUUAUCAAAUUGUUCACAACUUCAACUAUUGUCUUUCUCGGAAAAUGAUUUAACAGGUGAAAUACCCAAAGAAAUAAGCAAUCUCAUUGAGUUGGAGGAAGCUUCCCGCCAAUCAUGUGUUCUAUCUUACCCAACAUUGAAAAGCUUUAUCUGA